CCACUUCGGUUCCACCCACCUCCAGCUCUCUCUCAGAAGAAGAACCUACCACACCCUCUCUCCCCAAGUCUAGCACUGCAGCACUUCGCCGUGCCGUCCAAGCGCUUGCUUUGGAACGAGGCGCAGGGCUUUCCUGGGGGUGCUUCUUGGCCUUGCACGAGCUUAGUUUCCUGUGGGUUUAGCCUGUGACAUGACGAGCCAGGACGUGGUUGUCCCUGAGAUGGGCAUUGGGGCCGGGGCCGCGAUGCCGGGCUCGGGCGGCACGGCAGGGCUCUUCGCGUGCCGCAGCGCCGCCGCGGGCGCCAUGUCCAUGCGGCAGACUUACCACCUCGCCGCGGCGCGCUCCGCCCCCGCGAGCUGCACCUGGCUCGAGGCCAUGCGCGCCUGCUCCCCGCCACGCUCCCGCGGCGGCGCCGGCGCCGACGUCGACGAGCUCUCGUCCUGGAUGAGGAAGCACCCGUCGGCGCUGGGCAAGUUCGAGCAGAUCGCGGGCGCGUGCAAGGGGAAGAAGGUCGUCAUGUUCCUCGACUACGACGGCACGCUCUCGCCCAUCGUCGCCAACCCCGACGCCGCCUACAUAACCGACGCGAUGAGGGCGGCGGUGCGCGACGUGGCCAAGCACUUCCCGACGGCGAUCGUCAGCGGCCGGUGCCGCGACAAGGUGCACAACUUCGUCGGCCUCUCCGAGCUCUACUACGCCGGCAGCCACGGCAUGGACAUCAAGGGACCGACCUCCAAUCCCGAGUCGGUCCUGUGCCAACCUGCAAGCGAGUUCCUCCCCAUGAUCGAGGAGGUGUACAAGGUGCUGGUGGAAAAGACGAAAUCCACACCUGGAGCCAUGGUGGAGAACAACAAGUUCUGCCUGUCCGUCCACUUCAGAUGUGUUGAUGAAAAGAGAUGGAAUUUCUUGGCCGAGCAAGUCAAGGCCGUGAUCAAGGACUACCCCAUGCUGAAGCUCACGCAAGGCAGAAAGGUUUUCGAGCUCCGGCCCAGCAUUAUGUGGGACAAGGGCAAGGCUCUGGAGUUCCUGCUCGAAUCGCUAGGUUUCGCCGACUGCAGCGACGUCCUGCCGGUGUACAUCGGCGACGACCGCACCGACGAGGACGCCUUCAAGGUGUUGAGGAAGAGGGGCCAAGGCGUGGGGAUCCUGGUGUCCAAGUGCCCCAAGGAGACGAGCGCCUCUUACUCGCUCCAGGACCCAACAGAGGUCAUGGAGUUCCUGCUCCGGCUCGUGGAGUGGAACCGGAAGUCUUCUUCUUCGCCAGCCAUGCUCCGGCCAAGAGUACUGUAAUAACCCCAAGAACGCGCCACCGGCCAGUCUAAUCACCGGUCAAUCUAAAUGCUCGGCGUCCAACAUACAUACCCCACCACCAAAUUUGUUUCUUCUUUGGUUCUCUGGCGGCCGGCCUCCCGAUCGGAACGGAAGUAAUCACGGAGGAAAAUUAAAGGAGGCCAGGCACAGAAACCAUCCCGGGAACUGCUCAAGCUGCAGCCUGAUUAAGCGUGUGCAGCAAAAUGUACUUACCACUAGUCUACUGCUACUACGACGUACGUACGGCUACCCCCCCUUUGUUGUUUUUUGUCCCGUGGGCUGGGAAGGCAUAUGCAAAGCUACCUGCCGUCCUGUAGAGCCUCGACGAGAAAGAAGGUUCGCUCAAUUAUUCGCCACCACUGCAUGUAACUAGCUAGCUUAGGAUCGAUGAUCUAUCACUGUCCCCUCCUUCCUCCCCUGUACUGUGCCUGCUCACUGUAAAAUGCAGUAACGGAAUUAAUGUUGAUCAUUUCGUGUAUCCCCGGAUGCUA